AUGGACCUCAAAUGCGAAACCACCCAGAGCAUCAAUAGUUCCUAUAGUGAGGGUGAACACUAUAAAAAUGAGACUGUGACAUGCCACCUUGCCCCCCCACAAGGCAAAUCAACCCAAUUUGACGUAAACUUUUACACGUUAUGGGAGGAUUCGUCCCCGAACCCGGUGGGCUUGGAUUAUACAACAAGCGGAAUCUCUUGGCAUGUCUUUUCGGCCUAUGGCCGUAGCCUGCAGUAUAGGCGUCAGACCGGCGAUGAGCCGUUUACUUGGCCAAGCGACCCACUGAUGGUCCUGGGGUAUGCUGAGAUAGGGUAUAAUGAAGAUUACCUCGACUCGGAUCUUAGCGGUGGGAUCAGAGUUGAUAAGGUGACGGAGUGUAGCCUUGAACUUUGUCACCUCGAAUACGAGGUGUCUUUCGGAAAUGGCACCCCACAUAUCAAUACCUCAGUCCUGGAUUACGGGCAGUUAUUCUGGAGAAACAGUUCAGAAGCUAGAUCGAAGCAAAUGCUCUGUUGGAAGCCGACAUCUGGCCCGCCCCCGCCGGAUAUAAUUAUUGAGAAUGUUACUAUCAGUAAUGACUCAUUUGUCCGGCUAAGUCCAGUUGAAGGUGUCUUUUGUGGUAUUGAGGAUAAUAUCAUACUAGAUGAGAAUGUGUUCACAGGAUCUACGAUCCACGUACACGGUCGGCUUAGGAGUGAGCAUGGGUAUGGGCAAGAUUAUGAUGUGAUGAGGGAGGAUAGUGAUCGCAACGUUCUUCGUAUUGGCUCUGUCGGUCUUGACGUUAUCAUGUCUAACGUUGCUGGACAUAUGAAUAAGGAAGGAUUGGCCCGCAAUGGCUCAGAUGUGAAUGGUAUCGCAUAUGUCACCGAAGUAUUCGUGGAGGUGCAGUGGCUCUGGCUGAUCCUUCCGAUCAUACUAGUGGUCUCAGGGACCAUUUUUAUUGUGAUCGUCAUUAUUGAAAACAGAAAGAAUGGCACGAAUUUAUGGAAGUCGUCUGUGUUGGCUUUUUGCUAUCACGGAUUACAUGAUGUUGACAAAGAUGAUUCCAUGGCCGCCAGUGUUAUGGAGAGAAAAGCCGAAGAAUUGAUUGUUCGGCUUCAAGAAUCUGAGGAUCAUGGAGGCUUGGUUCUACGAGAAAAGAAAAAUUUGUUGGAAGUUCAUGAAUAA